AUGACGACCGAAAGCUUCCGGAAGGACGUGGCGAAAAAGCUGUCCGAGCUGCAGUCCAGUACCGAUGAGGAGGCCAAGAUCGACUUCCCAAGUGAUCUGACCUCCUCGGAUCGGAAGUACAUCCACAAGAUUGCAGAAUCCUUCCGGCUGCAUACCUUGUCCAGCGGCACAGGCGAUGCCCGCUUCAUCUCCGUCUACAAAAAUCCGCCGGCAGGCCAAGAGGCGAAACGGCCGCGUGAGCCGCCGGGUGCCACACCGCCGCUGAGCUUGUCGUCGGCUGCCACACAGAAUCUGCAGCAGAUUGCGGCUCGAUCGCCUGGAGCAGCGGGUGGCCGAGUCUUGUUGGCCAAGGUGCGCCCCAUGGGCCGGUCAAAGAUGCUGCCCAAACAGCCCAGUGUGGCGGCGGCCGUCACGCCCAGCGCGGGCGAUGUGGUCGAGGCCUUCUGGCCAGACGACGAGAUGUGGCUCGAUGCCACGAUCAGCGAGGUCCUGGAAGACGGAUCCUUCCGGAUUGUCUGGGCCAUGGAUGAUUCGGAGAGCGAAGUGCCUGCGGACUAUGUCCGGUGGCCUGGAGACCACCUCGACGAAGGCGGGUUCAAAGAGCCGUGA